AAAAGGGUUAAUGGCGGGCAGGCAUGCGGAGCACGAGAGGUGGGGGCAUGCUGGGGCCUGUGCCCCUGGAGGGGCCGGGCCAGAGUAAAUGAGCAGGUGAGGCUGGGCACAGACGGGCUGAGCUCAGCGUCUAGGCCCUGUGAUGAUGGCCAGGCAGGGCUGUGGGGGCCACACGGCCGGGCUGCUCCUGCUUCUGCUUCUGCUGCUGCCCCGGGCUCUGUUGGACGGACCCCUGGUGUUUGUGGCUCUGGUGUUCCGCCAUGGCGACCGAGCCCCACUGGCCUCCUACCCCACUGACCCGCACAAGGACGCCGCCUCCACCCUAUGGCCAAGAGGCCUGGGCCAGCUGACCGAGGAGGGAGUUCAACAGCAGCUGGAGCUGGGCCGCUUCCUGCGGAGGCGCUACAAGGCCUUCCUGAGCCCUGAAUACCGGCGGGAGGAGGUGUACAUCCGCAGCACGGACUUCGACCGCACGCUGGAGAGUGCCCAGGCCAUCCUGGCUGGGCUUUUCCCCGAGGCGUCCCCCAGGGGCUCGGAGGCUGACUGGAGGCCCAUCCCUGUGCACACAGUGCCCGUGGCUGAGGAUAAGCUGCUGAGGUUCCCCAUGCGCAGCUGUCCCCGGUACCAGGAGCUGCUGCGGGAGUCCACGGAGGCAGCCGAGUACCAGGAGGCAGUGGAGGGCUGGACGGACUUCCUGAGUCGCCUCAGCAACUUCACAGGGCUGACACUGGUGGGGGAGCCGCUCCGGAAGGCCUGGAAGGUUCUGGACACAUUGAUCUGUCAGCGAGCCCAUGGCCUUCCCCUCCCACCCUGGGCCUCCCCGGAUGUCCUGAGCACGCUUGGCCAGAUCUCAGCAUUGGACAUCAGGGCCCAUGUGGGGCCACCUCGGGCAGCAGAGAAGGCCCAGCUGACUGGGGGGAUUCUGCUGGAUGCCAUCCUGGCCAACUUCUCCCGGGUCCAGAGCCUGGGGCUGCCCCUCAGGAUGGUCCUGUACUCAGCUCAUGAUAGCACACUGCUGGCUUUGUACGGGGCCUUGGGCCUCUACGACGGGCACACCCCACCCUACGCUGCCUGUCUCGGCUUCGAGUUCCGGAGCUAUGUCGGGGACCUGGAAGAUGAAGAUGGAGGGAACAUCACCAUCUCCCUCUUCUACCGCAAUGAAACCCACCGUCCACCCCUGUCCCUCAGUGUUCCUGGGUGUCCUGCGCCCUGCCUGCUAGGGCGCUUUCGCCAGCUGACAGCUCCCGCCAGGCCUCCGGCCCGUGGGGCCAUUUGCCAUGGCUCUUCUAGGCCUGCCACUGCCCCAGCCGCCACAGUGCCCCUGCUGGCUGGAGCUGUGGCUGUGCUGGCGGUGCUCAGCCUGGGGCUGGGCCUCCUGGCCUGGAGACCCAGCUGCCUGCGGGCCCUGGGGGGGACAGUGUGAGUGGGAAUGGGGCAGCCCUUGCCUAGCAGACACUGGACCCAACAUGUGUGCUCACCUGC